AUGGCUAUCGUUUCGAAUCUUUCGCCCAAGAGCACCUUCCUCUUCAGCGGCACCCGUUGUCGAACCUGCGCGCAAGUCAUUCCCGACGACAGAACGGGCUUUUGUGCAGCCCACGACGAACGAGCCAGCAGUUACGAGGCGAUCCUCGGUCGGUGGUGCUGUGAGCUCCAGCAGAAACUCGAGCACAAGCAACGGGGGGGGGGCAAGCCUCUACCCUCACUGGGUGGAGAGGCGACGGCGUCUGAGGAUGCCCUUUGGCAGAGGGCAAAUCUGUUAGCGCUAUGGUGUGAGAUGAGCCUGGUGGAGUUGGAAGCCGAUCUGGAAUUUGGGCUCCAAAAGCACGACUGGAUCGCGAAUAUUGAAGAGCUCAAAUACGACAUGGGCGAGCAAGUGGGAUACCUCCUCCACUGCGCUUUCAAGAUCACCCUGGAGAACAAGAAGACCUUUGUGUUCGAUCCAACUGGGAUCCAGUUUGGCCCUGAAUGGGCGGUUCUCACUCCCUGGGAUGAAUAUGUCUUGGAUAGAGAGACGGAACUCACUAUUCAAGACCAAGUCCGCUUGCAGCGACAGACCGGGGAGAUGCUGCAUCAAGUUGUACGCCCAUUGGGCCGGAACGCAGACUGGCAGAUCCUUGAGAAAUGGCAAGGCCAAUACUAA